UAUGAAAAUAUCAUGUGAUGCACAAUGAUAAUACAAAAUGUAGGUAUGCAGUUAAAAUCAUAGUUGAAGAUGAGACGGAUACUGCAAGAGUGAUACUUUUUGAUGCAGCAGAAACUCUUAUAGGAUGCAAGGCACAAAAAUUCAUGGCUGAUAUAAAAGAGAAAAAUAAUCAGAGUUCGUUAUUCCAAAAGUUUGUGCUAAACAUUGGAAAGACAUACACAUUCCUUGUGAAGUUAGAUGAAAACUCUAAGGAUGAACGGGCACAAGGAAAGAUAAUAGCACAAGAAAUUCAACUCCAAGAAGACAACACAAUCAACAUUGAAGACGAUGAUACAAUUCUUGAAUUACCAAAAAAGAAGAUAAAGGUCGAGAAGGAAUGAUCAACGAAAAAAAAUUUAACAUGAACAAUUUUAAAUUUUCAAUACAUUUACAAAUAUGUUGGAGGAAUUUUAUUUAUCUUUUUGUAUGCUUUUAUGAGGAAUAACUUAUGAAUGUUAU